UAUCUGGGUGUUGACUGUUGCACGUUUUUUUUUUUUUUUUUUUUUUUUUGUCAUUUGAUGUUGUUAGUUUAGCCUGCUGUUUUUAAUUGCAUGAAUUUAGCUUAAUGAGAGAUAAAAUUAAUCCCAUAUGCGGGCGGUGAUAAUUGUGAAAAGGGUGAAAGGGACCACUAAGCUAACACAAGAUCUUGGGAUGUUUGGCGAAAGACUGAUAGUUGAUAGUUGAUUAUAGUGGCCGGUUUGACCAAUUGAUUUUAUUAACUUAUUUAACCAGUUGAUUUUAAACCCUCUCUUAUUAUAAGAGCUCGUUCAAAAAACAGUUUAUUCAUACCAAUAAUUAUUUCAACUAGCCAGUUUACAAAACAUUAGCCGGGUUGACCCAUGAUUACCUCUAUUUGUAUUAUUUAUUAAAAUAAGUUAAAAUUAUCCAAUAAGUUAUUUUGCCAAACAACCACUUUUUGGGUUUAAUUUUAAGUUAUGGACAACAUGUCCUAUUUGUGAUUUUAUGUUGGGUGGAGAUUUGAUGUCUUAGAAAAUCCAUGCUGUUUUAAGUUAUCAUAUAGUAUGUUAUUUCUUGAUGUUUUAGUAAGAACUAUUGACAGAAGUUCUGGGUCAGAGUUACUUCUUUUUUGUUGUUUUUCCCUGUUCAUGUUAUUUGAAUUUUAGAGUUGAAAUCUUCAGGAAAAGCAUGUUAUAGGGAAAAGACUAGGGAGUUAUGAGAAUUUGUGAUGAUUUCUUUGUUUGUUUUGUGAUGGUAGUGAGGCUGUACAUUAUUGAGAAUUGAUAUUUUGAUUGGGUUUUGUUCAUUGGUAGUGGGGUAUGAGAUUGAUUAUACUGUAAAGAUGUUUAAACCUAGUAGAUCCAAUUUGUCUGAUUCAUCUGACCUUCCUCCAGGGAGGCCGAUGCAUCAACCACAGGUAACAUUCGCUAGGCGGACUCCGUCUGGUCGAUAUGUGAACUAUUCUAGAGAUAAUCUAUCAAGAGAGGAUCUUGAAAGUGAGCUAAGUAGUGUGGAGUUCAUGAACUAUACAGUUCAUAUCCCUCCAACUCCUGAUAAUCAACCCAUGGACUCUUCGGUAUCUCAGAGAGUAGAGGAGCAAUAUGUGUCGAAUUCCCUUUUUACGGGUGGGUUUAAUAGUGUUACUCGUGCCCACUUAAUGGAUAAGGUGACCGAGUCAGAGACGAGCCAUCCUCAGAUGGUGGGGACUAAGGGGUCUUCUUGUCAAGUCAAGGGUUGUGACGGAAAGGUGAUGAGCGAUGGAAGAGGUAAUGAUAUACUCCCGUGUGAAUGUGACUUUAAGAUUUGUCGGGAUUGUUAUAUUGAUGCCGUUAAAGGAGGUGAGGCUAUGUGCCCCGGAUGUAAAGAGCCUUACAAAGAGACGGAUUUGGAUGAGAAGGCGGUGGAUAAUAUGGGACGCGCUUUACCUUUGCCACCCUCAAAGCAAGAGAAACAGAUGUCCGUUAUGAAAUCUAAUAUGUACAAGAGAAGCCAGACAGGUGGUGCGGAGUUUGAUCAUAAUAGGUGGUUGUUUGAAACUAAGGGUACAUAUGGUUAUGGUAACGCCAUUUGGCCUAAGGAAGGCGGAUUUGGAAACGAUGCUAGUGGUGGGGGUGGUGGCGAUGAUGAAGUUCAUGAGCCACAUGAGUUUCUUAACAAGCCUUGGAGGCCUCUUACUCGCAAAUUGAAGAUACCUGCAGCAGUUAUUAGCCCAUACAGGCUUCUCGUGUUUAUUAGACUGGCCGUUCUUGGAUUAUUUCUGGCAUGGAGGGUAAAGAAUCCCAAUACCGAUGCAAUAUGGCUGUGGGGUAUGUCUGUGGUUUGUGAGAUCUGGUUUGCAUUCUCUUGGGUUCUUGACCAGCUCCCUAAGCUUAGCCCAGUGAAUCGGGUCGCUGACCUUAAUGUUCUGAAAGAGAAGUUUGAAAUAUCUGGUCCCAAUAAUCCUACCGGGAAAUCUGAUCUUCCUGGAGUCGAUAUUUUUGUUUCGACGGCUGAUCCAGAAAAGGAACCUCCUCUUGUGACCGCAAACACGAUUCUUUCUAUUCUUGCAGCUGAUUACCCUGUAGAGAAGCUUUCUUGCUAUGUCUCUGAUGAUGGAGGUGCCCUUCUAACCUUUGAGGCAAUGGCUGAAGCAGCAAGUUUUGCUAACAUGUGGGUCCCAUUUUGUCGAAAACAUGAUAUUGAGCCUAGAAAUCCGGAGUCUUAUUUCACUUUGAAAAGAGAUCCAUACAAGAACAAAGUUAAGUCUGAUUUUGUUAAGGAUCGUCGUAGGAUCAAACGUGAGUAUGAUGAAUUCAAGGUUCGCGUUAAUGGUCUUCCUGAUUCAAUUCGUCGACGUUCAGAUGCUUACAAUGCACGAGAAGAGAUUAAGGCUUUGAAAAUGCAGAGAGAGCAAGCAGGAGAUGAACCAUUGGAACCAAUAAAAGUGCAAAAAGCUACUUGGAUGGCUGAUGGGACCCAUUGGCCUGGCACUUGGUUGCAACCGGCAUCUGACCAUUCUAAGGGUGAUCAUGCUGGAAUCAUACAGGUUAUGUUAAAACCUCCGAGCGACGAACCUCUUCAAGGAUCACCAGUUAAUGGUGACAUUCCUGUUGACUAUACUGAAGUCGAUAUUCGUCUUCCGAUGCUGGUUUAUGUCUCACGAGAGAAGCGUCCUGGCUAUGACCACAAUAAGAAGGCUGGGGCUAUGAAUGCACUUGUUCGUGCAUCAGCAAUCAUGUCAAACGGCCCUUUCAUUCUUAACCUUGAUUGUGACCAUUAUAUCUACAAUUCUCAAGCCAUCAGAGAAGGAAUGUGCUUCAUGAUGGAUCGUGGUGGGGAUCGUAUCUGUUAUGUCCAGUUCCCUCAAAGAUUUGAAGGCAUUGACCCGUCUGAUCGUUAUGCCAACCACAACACUGUUUUCUUUGACAUCAACAUGCGUGCACUUGACGGGCUUCAGGGACCUGUUUAUGUUGGGACCGGGUGCCUUUUCCGUAGGGUUGCCCUUUAUGGGUUUGAUCCUCCAAGGUCGAAGGUACGGCGUGGUUUCUGUGAUUGCUGCUUUCCUCGUCGCAAGAAGCAGCGUGCUGCUGUUGAUUCAUCAUCUGAAGAAAACCGUGCACUUAGAAUGGGCGACUCCGAUGAUGAAAUGGACCUUUCUUUGCUACCUAAAAGGUUUGGUAACUCUAGCUUUCUUAUCGAUUCAAUUCCCGUGGCAGAGUUCCAAGGCCGUCCUCUCGCUGAUCACCCAUCUAUCAAGAAUGGCAGACCACCAGGUGCACUAACCAUUCCUCGGGACCUUCUAGAUGCUUCAACAGUUGCUGAGGCCGUCAGUGUAAUUUCAUGUUGGUAUGAAGAUAAAACUGAAUGGGGCGGUCGUAUCGGCUGGAUUUACGGAUCUGUGACUGAAGAUGUGGUUACAGGCUAUCGUAUGCAUAACCGUGGUUGGAGAUCAAUCUAUUGUGUCACAAAGAGGGAUGCCUUUCGCGGUACCGCACCUAUCAAUCUUACAGACCGACUGCACCAAGUCCUUCGAUGGGCCACAGGCUCUGUUGAGAUCUUCUUCUCUCGAAACAACGCCCUCUUAGCUAGCCACCGAAUGAAGCUUCUCCAGAGAGUUGCUUACCUUAACGUUGGUAUUUACCCAUUCACCUCCAUUUUUCUAAUCGUCUACUGUUUCCUCCCCGCACUUUCCCUAUUUACCGGGCAAUUCAUCGUCCAAACCCUUAGCAUAACCUUCCUCAUAUACCUCCUCAUCAUAUCCUUAACCCUUUGCUUGCUUGCACUUCUCGAGAUCAAAUGGUCUGGCAUUAACCUUGAAGAAUGGUGGAGAAAUGAACAGUUUUGGCUUAUCGGAGGCACAAGUGCUCACCUUGCUGCCGUUCUUCAGGGUUUGCUUAAAGUCAUUGCUGGUAUCGAAAUUUCUUUCACUUUGACAUCAAAAUCGGCUGGUGAUGAUAACGACGAUGAAUUUGUUGACCUGUACAUCGUGAAAUGGACGUCUCUAAUGAUUCCUCCUCUUGUGAUUAUAAUGAUUAACUUGAUUGCUAUUGCUGUUGGUUUUAGCCGAACAAUCUACAGCACCAUCCCACAGUGGAGCAGGCUACUCGGAGGAGUGUUCUUUAGUUUCUGGGUUUUGGCUCAUCUCUUUCCUUUCGCCAAGGGGCUCAUGGGAAGAAGAGGAAGAACACCCACUAUAGUUUUCGUGUGGGCUGGGCUUAUCGCCAUCACUAUUUCCCUUCUCUGGGUUGCUAUCAAACCACCAUCGGGCGCUCAGAAUACCGACAUUGGAGGGAGUUUCACUUUCCCUUGAGCUAUAUAUACUAUACUAUCACACAACAUUUUUGUUAUUGCAUAUACCAAAACUUAUUAACCUUCAAAAACAUGAUCUUUCUAUAAUUUUUUACGGGGUUCGAGUUUUUGCUGAACUCCCAUGAAAUAUACUCCACAGGCAAAACCAGGUGGGAUGUAGGGGAAAAGGAGUAUGUGCACGGGUAUAAUAUGUUUGCUAUCCUCCUUCAAGACUCUGACUUGUGCGGAAUACUGGGUUGAUGACUCUUAACGCUGACAUGUGGGGAAAAGAGGAUAAUCUCACUUGCAUUUGCUACACCAUUUACAUUCUUUUGUAAUUUACUUACAUAAAUAGAUUGGGAAUCAUUUGAAAGAGUGAUUCAAAAAUAUGUAAUAACAUUUUAUUUUACUAUUAAAGCAAGCAAUUUUGUUUUGUACUCUGUUAUCAACUUUCAGUUUUGUUAUCCAAAUGGCUUUGUAAGAUCCUGUUGU